AUGAUACAAAUGCUGGAUAUGUUUCAAAUCCAAGAUGCAAGAUUAGAACAGCGAUCAAAGCAAAAUCAUUGCGUUGCUGACGACACACCCACUGGGCAGUUAUUAAAACUUAAGGGCGUGACGUCCUACAAAUGGCGACUACAAAGAAAACAAAUGUUAAUGCAGAGUGUUACGACAGCGGGCCGUUUUCGCUGGUGGGAUAACUGCAGCGUUGGACCCGCCAGAGGAACUGCUGUCAGUGGAAGCCACGCAGGGCGCUACACGAGGGGAGGACUUGUGCGAGAGACUGUUUCACCAAUGAAAAGUUUUAAGCUGACAUUUGAAAAGUUAAGUGGCCUCCCUAUCGAUGUAGGAGCUACAGCCAUGGCUGGCUCCCAAAAAGGGAGAAUUGGCAUCUGUCAAGAAAGAACUGAACUGUCUCAGUCUUGA